AUGGAGGCGCGGCCGAGCUGUGGCCGCGCUGCGCGCCACCGCGCUGGCGCGCUGUUCGCCUGGCUGCUGGUGCGGCGAGCGGGCGCAGCCGGCCCCGCCAGCGCCCCGGAGCCCGCGCCCCGCCCAGGCAGCGGGGCCCCGCGCCGCCCGGCCCCUGCGCCCGAGUCGGCGGCGCGCGGGCGGAGCUGGAGAGCCGCGGAGGGGCCGAGGGCGCGGAGCCCGGCUGCGCCGAGCGGAGAGUCGCGGCGGAGGCGAGGCAGGCCUGCUGUGCCCACAUCUGGCCCCGGGGUGUCUGGUCGCUGUGCCCGCCUGGCCCGGGCAUUCACACCGCUGCUCCUGCUCAGCCCCCACUCUCCGCGUCUCGCCCACGGGAGCAGAUUUUUAUUUUGGUGUGCAUUGUCUGCCGCGGUGGAAUGUGCGCUCCGCCAGCAGGGCCCUCGCGGUUCGCCGGCGCAUCCGCGGCUCCUGCCCCAGGCCCGGCACGCAGUCGGCGCCCACGGAGCACUUGCGGGAAGAAGCAGCUGCAGUGACCACAGAAGGAAGGGAAAGAAAGAAAGCGCUGUCAGCUUCUGCCCAGAGGAGGAGGAGCAGGACUCCGACGGUGAGAAGGGCCCACCCCAAGCAGGGCCUGAGGAAGAGGACGGGGAGGCCUUCUCCUUUAAAUACAGCCCCGGGAAGCUGAGGGGAAACCAGUAUAAGAAGAUGAUGACCAAAGAAGAGCUGGAGGAGGAGCAGAGAGUUCAGAAGGAGCAGCUGGCUGCCAUCUUCAAGCUCAUGAAAGACCACAAGGAGACGUUUGGCGAGAUGUCGGACGGCGACGUGCAGGAGCAGCUCCGGCUCUACGACAUGUAGGCCCGCCGCCCGCGAGACCCCUCGGCUGCCGGGCCCCGACUCUGUCCUGACCCUUGACCUGUGUGCUUGUUAUUUCCAGACUCUUGUCGGCUUGAUUUUAUCACAGACGUAGGCGUACGCUCUCUGCAGAUUUGCUCAGUCCUUGCAAUUUAUGUAUCAUUUCACAGGCACCAAGAUUGUUUUCUUCGCAGGAGAAAGUCCCUGACCUCUUUGGCUUCUGCUCGCCGGUGAGGCUGCAGCUGCUGUGUAGGCCAGGCUCAGAGGCCUCUGAUCCAAAGUCUUGACCUUCUGUGCGGACCCAGGGCAGGCAGCAGUCCAGGAGUCUGACUUGGCCGGGCGCGGCGGCUCGCACCUAUAAUCCCAGCACUUUGGGAGGCUGAGAUGGGAGGAUCACUUGAAGCAG